AGGACGGCGCGGGAGCGGGAGGAGAGGGACAGGACAGGACAGCGGAGCCGAGCGCGAGGCGCCAUGGAAUCCUCUCACGGUUUUAAAUGUAGCCGAGUAUAACGUGGUGAACAUCAGAAAAUGGUGUCAAGAGCUCAAGAUGAUGAACGCUAUCUGAUCGUGGACGUUGAUUAAGCUGAAUGCAUUGUGAUUUCCAAUAAUUGAGACAGUGAUUCUAAAAGCUGUCUACAUUAAUGAAAAGAGCAAUGUAGUCAGCUUAACUGAAUCAUCUGUAUAUUUUGAUUAGGACCCUAUCAUCCGACCUAUUCUCUUGGACUGGUGAAUUCUUCAGGGCUUCUUUAGUUGGGUAUUGGAGUAAGCUUGUAUUUGUCUAGGAUUCUUUGCGGUUUAGUGUGUUAGUGUUUGUGAAAGAUGGAGCCGUUUGGAAGUUCGCCACCUCUCCCCAAAGAGCCAGCAUUACCACUGAGUGUGGAGACCCAGCCCAGUCCCCCACCGCUACCCCCACACUUGCCGCCUCCACCACCUCCCCUGCAAACGUCCAGUGAGGCCGAGGUUAUGGACGUUGGCUGCGGUGGUGAUGGACUGUCAGACAGCCCCGCUGGGGACUCUAUCACUUGCAGCCAAGACCAGGGAUCCACUGUCUUUAACAAGCGGUUGGCAGCAUUAUCAGGGAGCUGCCCACACAACCCAAGAACGGCACGUCACGCACCUCUUGUUCCGAAAUUUGCACCCGAUAUUAAGUUGCUUAAAGAUGUGAAAGUCAGUAUUGUCUUUACCGACAGCAUUAAAAGUAAAGACAGGCAGGUAGUUUAUACUGGGGUCAAGUCUGGGCAGAAAGCCGCCGAGUUAAGGAAUAGCAUGAACGGAGAAUUGCAUGAGGCUCCUUUUGAGAACAGUAGAGCAGUGGGAUCAGUUAGCACUGGUAGUAAGAGUAUCGACAAACGAGACAUUGAAGAAAAUCAAGAGAAAAAAGUGGAGUUUGCUGUUCUUGACGAGCUCGAAGACUUUACAGAAAACUUCGAGACGGAUGAUGUAGAGGGAACGGGUUUCAAAUCUGAAAUGAUCAUUCAGCCGGACCACGUGGACGAGGAAGCCAUGAGUUAUUCCUUCGAGGAUGACUUUGACAAUGACGUGGAUGCGCUUUUGGAGGCGGUGCUCCCUCCUCCCAGGAAGAAGAAACGUGUUGAAGAGGAGGUGACCGGUGAAAGCGACCACCAGUCUGACGAGGAGACCAGCGUACAGCCCAUGAUGACCAAAAUCAAAACCGUGCUCAAAAAUCGCGGCCGUCCUCCAACGGAACCCCUGCCCGAUGGUUGGAUCAUGACAUUCCAUAACUCUGGAAUUCCAGUCUACCUGCACAGAGAGACCAGGGUGGUCACCUGGUCACGCCCUUAUUUCCUAGGAACCGGAAGCAUCAGGAAACACGACCCGCCACUGAGCAGCAUUCCCUGUCUACAUUACAUGAAAAUGAGAGACCACGAGGAGAAGGAGAAUAACCCGGCGGCCAGUAAUGGUGAGGUAACCAAAGUGACCACAAAUGGAAAACUGUCCCCAGAAAAGCCCGAGGCGAAAGCUACAGAAACAAGCGAGGAGCCAGGUUGCAAAGCUACUGAGCCCAACAUGGUUGGUAACCCAGUGCUUCAAGGCAGCUCGGGUACCAUCAGCGCCAAAUCUUCAGAGGAACAAGUGGUCUCGAUGGCAGUCUUUUGUCCGGGUGCCCUUGGCCAGGUGAAGGCUAAAGUGGAAGUAUGCAAAGAGGAAUCUAUAGAUAUCGAAGAUUUCAAGAAAUACCUGGAGAAGCGCUUUGAUUUUGAACAAGUGACUGUGAAGAAGUUCAGGACCUGGGCCGAGCGGCGUCAGUUUAAUCGGGAGAUGAAACGGAAGCAGGCGGAAGCUGAGCGGCCCAUCUUACCCGCCAAUCAGAAGCUGAUCACCCUUUCUGUCCAGGAUGCACCAACGAAAAAAGAAUUUGUCAUUAAUCCAAAUGGAAAAUCAGAAGUUUGCAUACUGCACGAAUAUAUGCAACGGGUCCUAAAGGUUCGCCCUGUUUACAAUUUUUUUGAAUGUGAAAAUCCCAGUGAGCCUUUCGGUGCCUCAGUCGUUAUUGACGGAGUGACAUACGGUACAGGAACCGCCAGCAGCAAAAAACUUGCCAAGAAUAAAGCUGCUCGUGCCACUCUGGAAAUCCUCAUUCCUGACUUUGUCAAACAAACCUCUGAUGAGAAGCCCAAAGACACUGAUGAACUAGAGUACUUCAACCACAUCAGUAUUGAGGACUCGCGGGUAUAUGAAUUGACCAAUAAGGCUGGACUGUUGUCACCGUAUCAAAUUCUCCAUGAGUGCCUUAAAAGAAACCAUGGAAUGGGUGACACCACCAUCAAGUUUGAGGUCAUUCCUGGUAAAAACCAGAAAAGCGAAUACGUCAUGACCUGUGGCAAACACACAGUCAGAGGCUGGUGUAAGAACAAACGAGUGGGGAAGCAGCUGGCAUCACAGAAAAUCCUACAGUUAUUACAUCCUCAUGUGAAGAACUGGGGGUCACUUCUACGCAUGUAUGGCAGGGAAAGCAAUAAACUGGUCAAACAGGAAAUGUCUGAUAAAAGUGUGAUUGAGCUACAGCAGUUUGCCAAAAAGAACAAGCCGAACCUGCACAUUCUGAACAAGCUGAGAGACGAGAUGAAGAAACUGGCGCGGGACAGGGAGGAAACUCGCAAGAAGCCGAAGAUGACGAUCAUGGAAUCGGCCCAGCCGGGCAGCGAACCUCUCUGUACUGUUGACGUGUAAAAGCACUGCAAACCGGGAGAGCAAUAAUGUACUGGAGAAACUCCAUCUCAACUAUUAUCUUUACCUUCUCACUGAGAAAGAACAUGUUACGCUGCAAAAUGCAAACACUUUUUAACCCACCAUCCUUACCCUCCAGACACACACAAACACACAUUCACACACAGGCAGACACACACGCACAGCCUCCUCCAAUUACUCUUGAUUAUGCAUUAGUGUUUUGCAUUACAACAAUAAUGGGCAAUACUAUUGAACUCCAAACUUUACCUCCAACGGGAAAUGAUAUAUUUUAAAGAAUUAAGGCUGAAGGUAGAUUGAGAAUUCUUAUGGAUGUUCUGCCCCCUCCUCCUAGACCUGUGUGCAAAUUUUAAAUGGAUCUAUCAAUUCAACUUCAAAGUAGAUUUAAUGGGUUGAUAAUGAUUUCUGCUCAUAUUUGGCCAGCUUUGGAACAGUAGUUUAGGAUGUCAUUGUGCACUGAUCUGUGUUUCAAUGAAAUCCUAUUGCCGUGUAAGGGCGACUUGCUGGAAGAUGUUGAGUUCUACUUUUCAUUGUUUACGUGUGAGAUAGUGCCAGUGGGGAGUGCUUUCAAUGGUCACAGUCUUUUAAGUUAUUUCUUCUGAAAAUGAGCAUUUACUUUUGUGUACUGAUUUUUAACUCAGUUUAUCAUGGAACUUUAUCAGUAAUCUCUGUUUUGAUGAAGUGGUACUUUAGUUAGCCGUCAGUGGAGAAACGUGUGGUGUUUGUAUUGCGGAGAUCCUGUGAAGUGGGCAGGCCACAUCAUUUUUGAAUUGAGAGCUGAGAUACUGGCGUUUGACUGAACCGUUCAAUUAUAUACGCUGGUAAACUGAAUCGCUCGUAAAUUGUCAAGCGAAACACUAACUAUCAUGGUCUCUUAAUACGUGAACACACAAUGGCUUUUAAAUACACUGUCGUACCUGUGGUGUGACUGAUUUAAGGACACUGUCAAUGUGCAUAAUUUUUAUCCGUCAGUGGACGGAAACUGUGGAUCCUCUUUCGUUUUUUUUUAAAAAAAAUUAUGCACGCUGAGACUACAAGAAUCCUGUUGAAGAGCUUGCAGUAUUUGUCUUACUCUAAAGUUCUGUUGUUGUCGUCCGGCAGAUAAAUAGGAAUAUGUAUUUCUUUGUGUGGCGAUAGGUACAGCGUCUGGUAACCAGUGCCAAACUGACGUUCAGCUGUGGAAAUGUAUAGGGAGCUGGAUUGUCGCCAUUCUGUGUCUUUCUCUCUGGUUCUGCUUCGCAAUGUUACAUUCAGUGCCAGGUCAUGACAGUUUGAACAGUUGCAUCUUCUUUUAGUCAGUAUUUUUUUUUGUUGGGGGGAGGGAGAGGUUAUAG